GCAGCUCAGCUGCAGCAGUGGCCAUGGACGACAGGCCUCAGCCGCCGGCGGCGACGCCGACGCCGGCGCCGCAGUCCCUGUUCGUCACCUCCAUGUCCGCCCCGGGCUCGCCCUACUCCGCGCUCCACCCGCUCCUCCUCCCGUCCCCGAACCCGCACCUCCUCCUCAAGCCCAAGACGUUGACCCUCUCGCUCUCCUCCUCCUCACUCGCCUCCUCCUCCCCGCCUGCCCCCGCCUCCGACGCCUGGGAGCUCGUCCACCCAACCGUAACCGUUGCCGCCGCUUCCCCCGUCGACGGCGGCCUCGACGACUGCGCCAUCUUCCCCCCGCGCCUCCACGAGGGCCUGGGCCUUGAGGAGGAGGCGGAGGAGGCGGCCGCCAAGGAAGAGAAGGAUGCGGAGGAGACUGAUGAUGAGGAGGAGGACGAGUGGCUGUGGGGGUGGGGGAGGUGCCGCGCGGCGGCGAGGCGCGCGUGGGCGGCCGGUGCCGGAUCCGUGCUCGUCCACGGGGACUGCGGAUGUCCCGCGGUGAGGCCUGCCGUGUGGUCCGCCGCCGCGGCCGCCGUUGUGGUUGGGGCGCUGCUGUACGUGCGCCGCCGGGACAGGAGGGAGAGGGAUCUCCUCGUCCUGCUCUCGCAGGAGAAGGAUAAGAGGAUAGCACAACUUCUACAUCAAAUUGCUCUGCUGAGUGAUAUCAGAACUGGGAGUGAAGCAAUUAAAAUAUUGAGAAACUCUUAGGUGUUGCUUCACCGUGGAAGACGUUUGGUUGUAAUACUGUAUAGCACUUCGGUUAGGAAGAUACAGAAUGUUGUAUCAGGAAGUACUCCAGGAUUGUGUAGCCUAAUUAUAGCUUAGUUGCGUAAUCUUCAAUAUAUCUGAUGUUUGUGUAAUUCGAGAACUGCAACUCCUUGGGAGCAAACCUCAAGAAAUCAGCUCUUGGUCCCAGUUUGUUCCUAAGAUCUGUAAAUAGAUUGGUGGUCACAUUGUCAGUCAUAAAUUUGUCAAAAUUGCUAUUCAAA